CGACUCCAGUCCCCACCCGGACCGCGAAACUGCAUGAGUGAGUGUCAGCGGCACUCAGUACAGUUACUGACGUUCCGUGCUGUGAACGAUCGCCCGUUGAUCGUUGCCGUCCUCGUCCUCGUCCUCGUCUUCGUCUUCGUCGUCGUCGUCAUUGGCUUUAACUGAGUCUAAGUCGAGUGCAAUCACGGUUUACUAUGCGACGCUCUUGAUACACAUGUGUGGUCCGUAAGUGGUGCUAUCCUCUUCUCCACGGUCCCGGACGACCCGGUCUCCCUCUCUUCUUCAUCUCACGGACGAUUUUCUCUUUCUCUUUUUGCGUGCCAGUCCCGUACGUUCCGCCGGUCUCUCUCUCUCUUUUACGCGCAGCAGGUAGUCCUGCGAUCUCGCAUGGCCACAGGUGCGCGCAAGGUGCUAACGUUUUCUCAACGAGCGGAGCCGCGGGGCCUUAUGUUGCUCGGCCGAUCGACCUGAUUCGAACGGCGGCGCAAUUCGUCAGGCUCUCCCGUCGAUCGUCCUUGCGAGAGAUGGACCUAGAACGCAAUCGACGAAUCGCAUCGUCGAUCGCCAGAAUUUCGGCAAAUUCGCCAAGUGAUCGGGGAGUGUUCGUCUAACGGAAUUACGUGCGGUCUUAAUUGUGAAUCUCAGUAUACAUACAAAUUAAUAAUCAAUGAAAUAAAUAUCUUUUCGUGCGGUAUAUCCACUGCAUCUCCUGUACGAUAGUCACGAUGCAACGCGGUCAAUCGAGAGAUCGAAUAAAAACUAUUGUAAUUUCGCCAGUAUUCUGAGAAUCGUGGAAACCUCGAUGACAACGCGUUGUGAAUUGCACGAAUUGAAAUCUAUCAAAUCGAUUACAUAUUUAAUUACUUUACGUGAGUUCUACGAUUCGAAAAGAGUUGAUUAAAGGGCUAUAUUGAUAUUUUGCUAGUUAAACGUUUAAAUUGACGAUAACGAAGAGUCAAUAUUAGUUCAAUAUUUUAGUAUGUAUUCUACGAACACGAUUUGUCGAACGUGCUCGCGAACAUGCUGAUGAAAAGCGGUCCGUUCCAACGGCACUUGACUUUGAUAGAGAGUGUUAUAUUGUUUCGAAUUGCAGUUGUUUCAUGACAAAACGGUCCACGGUUGUAUUCGUGGUGAAUUAAAAUCGUUAUAUAUCACGAUAGGUAUGUACGCAGUUCAAAACACAUGGCCAUUUACGAAAGUACUUUUAUUCGCGCGAUUAACGUUUUUCAAUAACUGAGGCUGGGUUGAUAAAUGUAAAUUUAUCAUACGCUUAAGAGCGGUGCAGGCGUUAUCAUUAAUACGAUUCGAUCGCCAUUUGAGCUUGUAAUAAAGAGGAGGCCACGGAGGCCAAAGGAAAGAGAAAGAGAAACCUGUUGGGAGAGGGAGACUCGAUUUAAUCCUUGACUUUCCAAAUUCCUCGUCAAGGUGAAGCUUAUCGUGUGAGUCGCCAGCGUGACUUUGUAUGCACGUAUGGAUGAGACCGUCACGAUGACCGUACCACCGCCACUACCCGCGAAGACACAGGCACGAGAUGGCCAAGCCGCUCGGCAGACUGUGUCAAUCCGGACCGUUUCCCCUUCCGUCUCGCCGCAGCUCGCCACCGGGCCCGGAGCAACGGUAUUUGUCGGAGUUAGCGCUCCUACCGCCGAUUCCGUGACAACCUGCAGGAGAAGGAUCCCGGAAGUGCAAUCGGCGAACGGCGGCUGCGAGGAGCGGAGCAACGUCGUCGAAUCGUCGCGGCAGCAACGGUGGCAACAGUCGCAGCAUCAGCAGGCCGCGCACAUAGUGAAGAUCAAGAUCAAUCCGGAUGGUGACAAGAACAGUAGGGUGAUAUCGACGGUACGGUUGACCCUGGACGAGAACGAUCGGAAUCGCGAGAUCGAGAACGGUAAUACCGCGCGCGAACGUUCGGGCAGACGCGGAGACGGUGCGGUGGUGGUGAGUGCGACAAACUUGGUGAACGAGCGACACUGCGCGAGUGCUGGUAUCGGUGAGGGCUGUGUGAGGAUCAGUGUCUUCAGCGGCGACCCGGCGACUGAGUCCGACAGUCGGGAGCACAACAACAACAGUAACAACAACAACAACAACAAUAGUGACGAUAGCGAUAAGCGUAGCCAAGACGACAGGAGCGACAACAGAGACAUGGUGCACCGCGGUACCACGGAAACUCUCAACUCGUCCACGCUCGGCGGCCGUUCGAGCGCCUGUUUCUAUUACAACUCUUACCAGAGUCCGUUAAGCGGCAUGGUGAUGUCGAGCGGGCAAUGCUCGCCCAGCGACACCUUGGACAGCGGCACUUGCAGCGACCUUGAUGGAACGCCGCCGCCGCUGCCAAAGAAGAAGAGCUCCAGCACGGUGAUACUGUCCAGCAGCACGCACAACCGGACCGGUAGCUUAACCAGCAGCGGCGCCGAGGUCGACAGCGACGACAAUGAGAGCAACAUCAGCUGCGACUCCUUGAACGGUGCCGAGGUGAACGGCGACGCCGUGAGCGAAUACCGAGUGCACGGCACGUCGAAGGACGUUGAGGAAACGGUGGGCGUUGUCGAGAAAUUGGGCCGAAUCGCGCUGGCAAACGGCAUUGACAACACGAUCGAGGAGCGGAGCGGCGUCCAUCAGCGGGUCUCGAUAACGGAACUCGGCUGCGCGCCAUGCUCACCGACGUCAUCGGCCAGCGUCUCCCCGUCACCAUCCGGAACGUCGUCCCUGUCGAAAGCCUCCUCGACGCCGCGGGUAAGGAGCCCCGAUCGGGCGAUCGAGCAAAACGGUCAAUCGCCGGUAAUUAAAGAGUGCACGUACGAGGAGAGGAAGCAACGGGAACAGGAGAGGAUAGAGCAGGAGUGCGUCAAUGCUGCGCAGAGUCGAUCGACUGGUCACAAAUACCUGUACGAGGACGACAGGUACUACAAUUUCCAUGUGAACGAGUUGCGCGAUAAUAAUAAAAACUCAAACGGCGAGAACGGGGUGACCGAGAACGACGAGUGUUUCGCCGGUUAUAAAAUCCAUGAGAAGGAAGCCAUACGAAGUGCCAAAGGGACCGUGCGCGGUGUCAAGAACAGGGUGCGAGCGGGCAUCGCGACGUUUCUGCAGUCGCCUACCUCCAAGGCAUACGUGGAAAGAGAAAAGGGCAGAGUGGUGCUUUACACGACAUCGCUGGGCAUCGUUAGGGAGACCUUUACCAAUUGUAUGAAGAUGAAGCAAAUGUUAUGGACAAACAUGGUCAAGUACGAUGAAGCGGAUUUAUUCCGCGACACGGAAUUACAGACCGAGCUCAGGGACCGGAUCAAUUCGGAAGUCGUAACAUUGCCGCAGCUCUUCGUCGAUGGUCAAUACAUUGGGGGUGUCGACACCGUCGAACGACUUAACGAGUCGGGAGAACUACGCCGCAUACUGGAGCCUUAUCAGGUAUCAGACCCGCAGUUAGUAACAAGUAAAAGUGAAAGUGAAAACUAUAGUUUCGUAACAUCGAAUAAGGUUUGAUGGAAGGUUCGAUCAUCGUUGUCACACGGAAUUAUCCAAUUUAUUACUAAAAUGUCUGCUACUACAUGGUAGAAUCAUUCUCCAAGUUUAUAAAUUCAAUAUGUACCUGAUUGACUUUAAAUGACUUUAAUAAAGAUUUUAAUAAAGAAACCAAUAUCGUAGUACCAAACAGGAAAUAAUAUUUUACAAAAUAUUUGUUUAAUUUUUUUAAUAUUAUCUAUUGCGACUGUGUUUGCCUGAAUUAUACUUUAAGAUAAGAAGCAACACUUUAUAAUGAUAACUGCUAUUUGAAAGUCUCAAAAAGAACAAAAAGUUAUCACGCUCCAAAAUGUUGAUUAAAAUUUUUUGAUUAGUCACAAUUAAUUUAUCAUCAUUAUUCUGUUGUUUUACUUGAAUUAGUUCUAUCGGGAAUAAAGUUCUUUUAUUACAAAAAGAAUUUUUAAUUUAAACCUUAAAUACACAAGUGGAUCAGAGAAACCCCAUACGAAGUUUCGAACGCUUGCUGUGUGAAGACGGAAUGAGAUAGGAGGUGCAGACCACGAAGUAAAAAUAGUUUGAGAUUUCCUCUUUCGAUUGAUAUGGUUGAUCAACUUUAUCGGUCAACUAGAAUUCGAACAGCAAAGUUUUGUUGGGAUCUGUGGGACUAUCAUUGUGUAUGAGUGAAAUUUUUUUGUGAGUAAUCUUAUAUUAAAAAAACCAGACAAAACACUUUUGAACAGGUCCGUUCGCAUAUUUCUGUCUAAAGUUAGAAUACUGUAUAGUGCUAUGGAAAAGAGGAUUUCUACGCAGAGUC